GAAAGGUUGCAAGUUCAAAUCCCAGAGCUGACAAGUUACAAAUCUGUCAUUCUGCCCCUGAACAGGCAGUUAACCCACUGUUCCUAGGCUGUCAUUGAAAAUAAGAAUUUGUUCUUAACUGACUUGCCUAGUUAAAUGAAGGUUCAAAGAAAAAAUAUAUUUUUUAACUCUGGUAAUACUACAGUGCCAUCUGUUGUUGAGACUGGGGUAGUACAUGAUCAGUUAGUUUUGACUUGUGUCCUCAGCUCCUGUCGUUUGUGGCCUUCAUUCUUGAAGAGGUAGUGACGAACUGUAUGAGCUGCUCUCCACUGUACUUCUUUGAGUUUGUCAGCUGCACAGCCUUCCUCUUCACAGCUCUCCUCCUCAUCCUCCUCGCUACCACCCUGCACAAGAGAGUGGGCAUCAGCUGCUGGCCCUCCCUGGACUUUGUGUACACAGCUUUGAUGGCUGCAUUCUUCCUCAUCGCCUCCAUCGUGUUUGCCUCAGAUAAUGGUGGAACUGACCUGGAGAAUGCUGCUGUGGCAUUUGGCUUCCUAGCCACUGUUGCAUUCCUGGUGGAUGCUGGCUGGUUUGUGAAGACCAGGGGUUUUCCUUUUAAAAAGACCAACCAGCAAGCUGCAAGCAACGGCGGGGCUCCUGUGGCAGAGGCUGAGAAACUCAACAGGGAACAGAACGAAGCAGACUAGACCCAGGAUACCUAACGAGUGUAGCCCUGGUAUCUCUUUCUCCCACAUUUACACACGCAAACACGCAACACACUAAGACUAUCAGAGGGCCACCUUAUAUCUGCUUAAAGGAAGGAAAGACAUCUCCAGUAGUUUUAACAUCUUAUUCAGAGCUUUUAUUCUCAGCAGUGGGACCAUUUUUGUAGGAGACAUGGUCUGUGUUGUAUACAUUCUGUUUCCUUGGACCAUGGACCUGCUUGGGAAUGGGACCACUCAUUGAUAAAAAUAGACCAAGGCUCUCCAACCCUGUUCCUGGAGAUCUAUCCUCCUGUAGCUUUUCACUCCAACCCUGUUCCUGGAGAGCUAUCCUCCUGUAGCUUUUCACUUCAACCCUGUUCCUGGAGAUCUAUCCUCCUGUAGCUUUUCACUCCAACCCUGUUCCUGGAGAGCUAUCCUCCUGUAGCUUUUCACUCCAACCCUGUUCCUGGAGAGCUAUCCUCCUGUAGCUUUUCACUCCAACCCUGUUCCUGGAGAGCUAUCCUCCUGUAGCUUUUCACUCCAACCCCAGUUGUAACUAAUCUGGUUCAGUGUAUAACCAUGUAAUUAUUAAAAUCAGGUGUGUUAGAUUAGGGUUGGAGUGUGAACCUACAGGAGGGUAUCUCUCCAGGAACUGGGUUGGAGUGUGAACCUACAGGAGGGUAGCUCUCCAGGAACGGGGUUGGAGUGUGAACCUACAGGAGGGUAGCUCUCCAGGAACGGGGUUGGAGUGUGAACCUACAGGAGGGUAGCUCUCCAGGAACGGGGUUGGAGUGUGAACCUACAGGAGGGUAGCUCUCCAGGAACGGGGUUGGAGUGUGAACCUACAGGAGGGUAGCUCUCCAGGAACGGGGUUGGAGUGAACUUACAGGAGGGUAUCUCUCCAGGAACAGGGUUGGAGAGUCCUGGAAUAGACUAUUAUGAGAUUUUAAGAUCACUGUAUUGCCUUACCACUGACUGUCAUUACUGCAUUUCUCAGUGUUACUGGGAUGAGCACAUAUCUAUACUUGCAAUUGCAUCUUAUCAAGAUGGCUCCAGCUAUGCAAAAUUCUGUAUCUAAUCUCUCUCUAAAAAAUGGUUUGGGAGUUGAAGAACAAUAUUUAUCCAGUAAUUUACAGUCAAACCCAAAGCAUUCAUAUCCAUUUCGGAAAGUACAGUUACAUUAUUUAACUGGAAGAAAUCGUUUUAAAAGUCGACAUCAUUUAUUAGCCAGUUUUAAGGAAGGACAAUAUGAUUCAAUGCAAACUAUUUAGUAAGGAAAGGGAACAGUGAAGCCAGAAACGUUUCUACAGAAAUAUGAUAUGUUUUAAUGUGCCCCUGUCUGUCAUUUUAUUUUAGACCUAUUUCUCACAAGUAUCCCCAAGUCGUUGAUUUCUAUGGUUUUAAAAUUUCAGUCCAUGCAAGCAAGCUCCCCAGUAUUUCUAUAUGAGGCCAACUCCACGUUCCUUAUUGGGGUUCAUACCAUAUAGAUUCAUUUUAAAUAUAGCAAUCAAUGAAACUGACUAUAUCGGUAAUGUUUUUAAAUGCUUUUUCAAUCGCAGUUUAUGUAUUUUAAUUGUAUGUGUUUUUCUUUAUUUCAGAAGUAACUUGGAGGGGUCAGGGAGGGAGGGAGGGGUCAUGGAGGGAGGGAGGGAGGGGUCAGGGAGGGAAGGAGGGGGGGUCAGGGUUUUGCAAGAUUUAACUAUUUAUUGUCCUGGAUGGAUUUUUUCUUCUGUUCAGUCAGGUGACCUUGUGUGUAAUGAAUUUAGUUACUUUCAGGUUAGAAUGAGACCUCAAUGUUCAUAUUUUAGUCAACAGCUAACUUAAAGUUAAGGUCAGCGAUAUGACGUAGAUGCACAAAGUGAACAGCAUAGUGGGUCAAUUUCCACAACUAAGAGCGUUGGCGUGCGAAUCUAAACUUCUCCUCUGUUUUGUUCCCGUGGCUACCACAUUGUAAGAGGUUUAAGUGAACCUGUGCAGAUAUUGUGUGACUGUGUGAGAGUGAAGUCUUGCAGUGUUGCUUGUGCAACGUCAUUUCGCUGACUCUACCUUUAACUCCCAGGUUGUAGAUGAAUAGUUUUGAAAUGUUCGUUUCAGAGAAUAUCCUGGGAUUGUACUGAUGGACACCUCUUUUCCCCCAAAAAGUUCAUACACAUUUGAUUGGCCAAUGAAUUACUUACUUGAUAAGUAGCAUGGUUAGGGUCAGAAAUCCAGAUUUCUUAAAACAUUUCUUUAAAAUAUGUAAUCGGAGUCAAUCAACAGUGAAAUCAAUGAUAUGCUGGAUUCAUCCAACAGCUGAUCUGAAAUGUCUUAGGUGAUAGUAGAAAGUAAUAGGUUAGACAUCUAUAAUACGCCUUUUUUCUAGUGUUGGAAUAAGACAUAAGUAUUGAAGCGACUGCUGUUAUAAUUAGUGACCCCUGACUGACAAUUCCCUUAUAAGCAAGACAUUCCCAUCCAAGUACAGUACAAUAAGUGUUUUCUCAGGACAAAUACUGUAAAAGGUUAAUGUUGUUCAUGUGGUGUUGUCGAUGAAAGCAAUGUGAUACUAGUGCCCUAUUCCUAAUCCUAUCAGAUACACAGUACAUGAAAUAACUUGGUGUAAUGGUUGAAGGUUUGACUUGGAAUUGGGUAUAUAAACCCGUGCCUUUAUACUGACUAGUAAUAUUCAUUCAGUGUGAAUAUUCAUUCAGUAAUAUUCAUAGAUAGCAAUAUCUACUCAAUGUUUUAUGCCUUCAUUUUUGUCAUUUAAAAAACAUCUAUACUGUGUCAAUAAUUCAUCAUGCAAUAAAUGCCAUCACUUUUCUGAA